AGUCAAAUGACGUCCCGUGCAGUCCCCAGGCAUCUGAAUCACAGCAGCCCCGCGUUGCCUCCGAAUGACUAUGCCGGCCCUCUGGAAUCAAGGUGAUGGGGCGGGAGCCCUACCAACGCUCAACUCAACUAGACCAUUGACUUGAUCGGUUAAGCUGUCAUACUCCACAAUCGUCUAGUCAUAUUGAGAAUAUUUCCUCUUUCUGGGAGCUUUACUAUACUUUACCUCCAGUUAGAGCUGGGCCCCAGCUGCGAUAGCUUCAGCCAAGAUGUCUGCUAUGUUUACCGCGACACUCCACCCGGGCGUAGCGUUGGGGUUUCUGGUGCUCGGGGCGUCGCUUCACGACGUCUUGACGCGUCUCAAGGCUGAACCGCAACGAUUCCCGAAACUCGAUCUUGUCUAUUCGCCGAACCAACCCGUAACCGAGCCCGUGAUCCUGUCACUUCCUGCAAACGGCCUCCGACUGCGCUUCGAUGGCGCUGAACAACGACUCCGUCUCAUCGAGGUCAUCGACUUUACCCUGAGUCGCAUCACCUACGGACACCCCGAGAAAGACAUCGUAAAGCCGGCCUCCCUGCCGGGACAAGGCAUAACCUCUCCUAAGCUAGGAGCAGAGUCAUCAUCCGGUCCAAGCUUCCGCAACAUCUAUCAUCGGUUGAUGGGCCCUACAUAUGCUGGCGAGUACAUCCCACCGUCGGAUGAUGACAAGAGCAACACUGGCACGUAUAUUCUGUCAUACCCUGGCGUCGCAUUCAGCUUCCCGCUACCAGAAUCAGCCUACUCGCCAGAUAAGGAUGUGGUGUCGUUGCUCUCGGCUCCCGCUAGCCAGACAGCUAUAUCCAUGGCUGUCUUCAGUGGCAAGUCCUGGGCAGAGGCCCGAGAGAUCCUCUGGACCGAUAUAUUACCAAGCGUCAAGUCGGCCUACGUGUUCAGCAAGAGCAAAGAUAUAGUUCCCGAUGAGAUCUCAUUGGUUAAGAUACAUGGAGGAGGCCGAUUACAGCUAUUCAAGAAGUGGACGAGUGCAUCGUUAUGGAUUAUACUUGGCGAAACCACACCUCAGGAGUUGGUUGCAGAACUAGGCCCUCCCGAUGCCAUCUACCGCAAGAAUGACCAGAAGAUGUACAUCCACAAGACGCGCACAGCGAGUCAUAGCAGGUCGAGAUCGAAUAACGGCGACUACAAGCGCCCGGACGACCUCACAGAUACUGACCAGUCAUCGGCCAACACAGGCUCGGAUGAUACCGAUGAAGAAGCCGUUGAGGACGAAUUUGUUGGUAAUGUAUCCGGAGAGUGUUUUUACAAUUAUUUCUAUCUCGGAUUCGACAUCCUCGUAUCACCACCGGUCCUGGCUUCAAGAUUACCACCUUCGCAAAUCUCCACAACGAACAGGAAUCCUAGCGAAAAGCCGAUCAAAGUCGACUCCACCAAUCGGCUUGUGGCCACAAAGUUAGUGUUGCACGGUAAUGUGCCCGGCUCGUACCCCUUCAACCGCCAUCGCCGCUGUCGCUGGGAGAUUUCAUACCCGUCAUCUGGCUCCGAUGCUGUAGACAACUCCGAAACCCAGUUUAAUGAGCUGGAGGAGCGCCUCAGAGAGGAAUGGAAGAACAUAUAUAUGUCGGAAGACGACGCCAAUAAACGCCAACGAGGCAUGGUUCUCAACCGCGGAUGGGGCGACAGCCCCGGUAGUAGCUAUGAGUUUACCGGUGGUUGGGAGGAUAGCUCUGGCGGCGUUGCGGCGAAGAAGUUUGACGGCAAUGAGGAGUCGACAACAACUCUGUAUGGUUUUCCCGGACUGGUCUUUGAGGUCUUGAAGAACGGCUAUGUCAGCGCCGUUACAGUAUUUUGAUCAUGGAAUGAUCUUGAGCGCAGGGGUUGGAGUUAGUAGACAUCGUUGUUCACCGCAUUCAAGCGGCAUUUUUGAGACAUGGAUGGGAUAGGGAUGGGGAUAGGAAUAGAAAUAUGAUCAUUCAUCGAUAAAUACAAUCAGCUAUGAACGAGUUGGGCUUCUGGAGCAAAUCAGAACAAAUAAUGUGUUGUGGCUGCAAUGGCAGCUGCUUGUGGACACUGGAGGUUGAGUUGGUAGUUUCUUUGAAUACUUUGGAGUAUGUGUAUAUCGACACCUUUUUCUCCCUUGCAGUAAGAUGCUGGAAGAUGUUUCGGCGAUGAGAUGUUGUCAUGGAAUUUUGAGGGCGCUUCGAUACAGAGAAAAUCGGCUUCAGGCAUCGUAUUAAGUUGAGCACCUGUGGAAGCAGAUUGCAG